CUCAGGACGCACGACGUAGCCCCUCAUUCGUGAGUCUCUCACAGGUUCUGACUGGAUCGUUGCUGUUCUCUCCAUUUCCAUCAUGGACGGCGUUGCGAUUGGACUCGGGGUCACCGAGACCGUGAUGACGAUCAUCUGCAUCGCCCUGAUGAGAGUGAAUCAACUGACCAUCAUAGAAGCGAUCCCGACCGAUACGUUCUUGUACGACAACCCCGCCGACUCCAUGAACAUGCUGGUCGGGACCCUCAUCGCUUUCAUCAUCAUCACACCGUCCCUCCUCACCGCCUAUUUCAAGGGGGACGACUUCGUCCGUCAAUCCUACCUGAGUCCUUUGCUGAACGCUGUGGGAUUCAUCCUGUUCCUGGCUUCGGGUUCCCUCACCAUCAACCACUUCGUUCGAUGGGGGCGAUACCCUUUUGGGCAGAAUUUCCCAAAUUACUACUACGACCAAGGCCUGGCUCUGGGAUCUCUCAUGAUCAUCAACUCCGUCUUUUAUCUCUCUGAUGCCAUCUACGCCUUCGUGAAGAUCAAGGGACUGGCGUAAACCUUGAUGCACGUCAUGCUGCCUCUGAAUUCUCGUUUUGCAUCUUUUAUCACUGGGUCUGUUUCCAUGAAAUAAAGCGCUUUUCUCGUUUCCAUCGCA